AUUCCCGGGCCAUCUUUUUCCAUGAUUUUGUGCCUUAGGAGACCUGGUGAUAGAGAGGGUGCGUUUGUGGAACUCCCAUGGGAUUGUAUAGUUGAAAAUGUGAAGAACGACCUUCUUUUAUCAUUCGAAAGGGUGAAAAAUGAAAUCCAGGAAAAUGAACUUGAAGAGGUAAAGCCUACUCUGGUUGCCCAUGUUGGAAGAGUUCUAUUUCACGGGAAUCCUCCACCCUUAGAAUCGUGGACUGAAAGCAGUUUGAGAAAAUUGAAAAGAUCAUUUUAUACUAAUCUUCCAUCUUCAUAUAUGGAGCACAUAACAAGCAAAAUUGUUCAAAAAGUUGGGCUUACUUUUGAGGGAGAUAAGGAGGUUUACCAUGUGAAGAUUUCUGAUAAUUUACGGCCUGAUUCAACUAUCUCCUGUAAAUGUGCUGUGGGACAAGAUCAUAAAAGCAUUGAACUCUACAAGAUUGAAUUAAACCAAGUGCGUCACCUUGUUGUACACCUGUCCUGUCUUGAGAAGACCUUCGACCUAAGGCUAAUGCUUAAUACCAAGAGAAUCAUGAUAGCUUUAACGAACGAAGAACUAGAUUGCAUACGAGCUCUAAUUUCUUGUGCUGUUCUGGAUUCGGGGAUUAAAGGUGGACUCCGAUGGUCCCUUGGGAAAGAUUCAUCAGGAGAUCGGUACACCAUAGCUGGUGUCUGGCAUACCACUGCUAAAACAUAUCGAAGUUCAUCAUUCCAGCUUAAGGUUAGAAGUGCAGAUCGGUUUGAUUUCAGAACAUCAUCUGUUGAGGUUUCAGGGAAGGUUGUUCUGAAAAUGCAUGGGAUUGUAUCCCAACUAUAGAAGCAAACAUGUGAGAGCGACGAAGUGUUUCAAAUGCUCGGAGACAACUUAAAGUUGAUAUGGGAUCAUUUUCUGUGUUCUGCAUCAUCUGUCUGAACUCUAAAUUGCGGUAUUUCGAAGUACCACCUUAACUUUCCACAUUGUCUGUCUUGAAAAUAAAUAAACAGCUGGCUUCAGAAAUGUGGGAUUAAAGCCUCAAUGUUGUU